AUGAAUAUUCUAGGGGCUGGUGCAGGAGCAAACUCAUUGUGUGAUGAGGCGAAAGACCCGGGUCCGUGUGUGCAAUUCCAGACGAAAUGGUUCUACAACAAAGCCGAUGGAGUGUGCAACCGCUUCCACUACGGUGGCUGUGAGGGAACGGGCAAUCGUUUCGACACCGAACAAGCCUGCAAAUCCGCCUGCUCACAACAUCAAGAUUCCUGUUUCUUGCCCAAGGUGCAAGGUCCAUGCUCGGGAAAACAGAAGAAUUUCUUCUACAAUCAAGACACACGUCAAUGCGAGGAAUUCGCUUAUGGAGGAUGUCUCGGGAAUACGAAUCGUUUCGCCACCAUCGAGGAAUGUCUGGCUCGUUGUGCACGUGUGAAAGAAAAG